AUCCACCAAAGAAGAAAUACAUGUCGUCAAUUCCUUCUCCAGUUUGAGUCAGUGACCUGAGAAUUAAGCUAAGUAGCUAACUAGAUGCUAAUAUGGAUCCUCGGUGACACCAAAUUUUUGGUGAUUUUAUCAACACUGAAUACGAUGCGUUUAAAGUCUAGUUGAGCUGUUCCAGUACCAUAUUAUUCUUGUACCACUCCAGAGACCUCGUCAAGUCUUAUUUAUUAGCCACCUGCUAGCAAACAUUGGCUAACUGUAGCCAUUCAAUACCAUGGCAAGUGCAGCAAAUGCUAACCUAAACGCAGUCCGGGAGACAAUGGAUGUGCUGCUGGAGAUCUCCAGGUUGCUGAACACUGGUUUGGACAUGGAGUCUUUGUCCAUAUGUGUGAGGCUGUGUGAACAGGGCAUCAACCCAGAAGCCUUGUCUUCAGUCAUCAAAGAACUACGAAAAGCAUCUGAAUCCCUUAAGGCUUCUGAAAACUGCACAAAUUGAAGAUGAAAAUCGACAAUCUUAAUUUGGGACUUUUUAAGUGGAUCAUGAUCCUGGAUUUGUACCUUCUAUGGUUUCUCCAGUCAGAUUCAUCUUUGUAUUGGCAGUCUGUCCUCUGCACUUCCUCUGUGGUUAACAUGCUCUUGUUUUGUGCUUUGAAUUGCAUCUUUGUAUAAGCGGUAUUGACCUCAGUCCUCUUCCUAUACAUCCUAUGCCCCUCAGAAAGAGGGGCAUGUUCAGCUGUUCUGCCUCAAAUUUGGGUUUAGUUCAACUUUCUCCUUGCUGCCAUGUGUAAAGUGCAACUUCAGAGUGGAAUUAGCAUUAGCAUCCUGCCUUAAUUUUAUGAGCACAUGUAUAGUUUCUGAUAGCUAUAUGUUGAACUUUUCAUGAUAACAUUUUCUUGUAUUUUGAAUUGACAAUUACUUGUUAAGAAUUGUUUAAAAUGUUAUGUAAGCAUAAAGCAUUGUUGAAUUCAAUUAUUUUGCAAGCUCCAUUGUCCAUGUGACCAUCAAUGAUGAACAAAGUCUAAAUUGAAGUGUUAUGGGCCAUGGCCACCAGGUGGUGUUGUCAUUCUCUUUUCAAUCUAAAGCUGUUGGAUGUCCUAACUACUAUAUGUCAGGUUCUUAUCUCAUGAGUAUACCCAAUCCUGCUUUUUAAAAGCAAUCAAAUGCUGUGAUUUUAAAGAUAUAUUUUUAAAUCCCUCUCAAAUUUUUUAUUGUGUUGAUCCUAAUUUGAAAUAUCCAGUCGUAUUAGUCUUAUAGCCCUUCCCUUAUUAGAGACAGAGUUUUCCGAUGGAUUUUACAAACAGGAAAUUAUCUUUCCUGUUGCAUUAGGUGAAAGGAACAGAUAUACUGGUAGAACAUUGUACAGUACAAAAACAGACCAUUCAGGAGUGAUCGCAUACAUGUCCAAAAUAUUUUGCAAAAGAGAAGACAUGGGCAAUGCUCAUUCUGUACUGCAGGAUGUCCUUUGAUCCUUUAUGUCCAGGCUCCAUCCACAAAAGGGUAUUUGAGAUAUGAUGCAAACAUGACCAAAAAAAAAACUAAACCUUGAAAUGAAGCCUGUGCAUAAUGUAUCUAACCACAUUGUUUUCUUCACUGUUGUCAGUAAAAUAGUUCUAUUCAUCUUCCAGAAGAAGGAAACUGCUGAGAGCACAAAACAUUUCUCCACAGGCCAGUAUGAAGGCUAGAAGUGACCUCUCAUCCACACAGUAUCAGUAGCUUGUGAGUGGUGUUCAUGCAGCGUUGUAGAUGUCUACAAAUGAGUACCCCCUAAGCCAUCUGACAGUAAUGCCUCACCCCUCACAGGCACACCACAGAGGAAGCCAGCAAGUGAACAGGAGAGUGUGUGUGCAUGUAAGCAUUUCUGUCUUCUGCUUUGUCUCACCAUUUUGACUGAUAGGCUGUGAGUCUAAAUCUCUGUACUGCUGCUUUGAUCCCUUAACACAUCUCUGUUCCGCAAUACCAGCAUCAUGUUAGCCAAGUAUGAGAGCCAUACAGAUAGGGUGCAGUGGCUCUGCUUGGUAGUCCGUAAGCCUUAACUCCUGGCUUCUGUGGGGGGUGAGCUGCAUGAGUUGUUCAUGGAGGGAGACCCAGAUUGGGAAUCUUUUUUUUUUCUUCUCUUACAAAGGUAAGAGUUAUCGUUUGAUUGGCUACAGUGGGCGUGGGAUUCUGGAUGGAUUGCUCUCUUGUUUGAUGUGUUUGAAGGGUUUCACCUUAUCCAAGCAGAUUACUUUGAUCUCUGUAAAACAAAAUAUUCCCAAAUCCCAUAGUCCUUACUGAGAGAUUAGUGUCCAUAUAUGCAUAAACAUCUAAGAGGCAUUCAACUAGGGCACUGGUCAGGUCACGUGACUGUAUAAACUUAAGAGGCGAGCAGGUCCUCACUUCAGAUUUUCUGAAGGUGUUUUUGUUUGUAUGUCUGAUAAUUAUUCAGGCCAAAGAUUAUUUUGCUGAUAAAUGAGGUCAGUCUCAUUUAAAAGUGAAAGAUCUAUGUGCUGCAAUUUACACUUCCAGUGUGUGCUGUGGAUAUUUCAGAAAUAAUUAGAUUGGGCUGAUUAGAAAUUCAUUAUGUUUAAUGAAAGAUGAGCUGUUUGUUCAGCACACACCGAAAUCACAAACUUGGUGUCUCAUGAAGACAAUUACAGUAUAAAGUGUUAUGUGAGAUAGUGUUUAACCAAAAGUUAACGAUCCUUAUGUGUACAGUUAUGUUUAGGUUAAUAAAUAUGGUCUGUUGUUUGUCAUGUCCACUUCAUGUUUUAUUGCUUAGUAUUUUAUGAUUUUGGGACUAGAAUUUUUAGUUAAAAGGUCAUCAUUUCUGAUGUGGUCUGCUGGUCGGAUCACUGUAGUAAAUAGAAACUCAAUGAGCUCGGGGGGUGACUGUGUUUCAGUGGGUAGAGCAGUCGUCUCCCAAC